UGUUGGUUCGUGGGCAUAGAGUAGGUGAGUAGGCAGGUGAGUAGUCAAUUGAACGAAUUCCUCUGUACUUUUACACACUUACCUUUGUUUCUAUUACUGCCUCUGCCCCUAGUCUUCCUGUUUCUUACCCAAAGUAUCUUGAUUUCUGAAUAUUCCUUGGAGAAUAGAGUUCAAGAAGCGAAGUAAGAUGGUAACUAUAAGUGAGAUGACCUUCUCUGUUCAAUGUUGCCAUGACUUGAAGACUUCCGCUAAUACUGAAGUACAUUAUAUAAUCGUGCCUAGCCCCUCCAUUCACUACACGUUCUUCUCAUCUUGCGGAAGCCGCAGAGCCUUCUCAACAUCGAGAACGAUGCGCCAGAGUAGAUGCCGUGAAGCAGUGCGCCAUGUCAAGUGAUGAGAUAAGUCAGUAGUAGUGCCACGUAGGGUAAUCUGAGGCGACUGUCAUUCGAAUCUAACAAUCUGUCUAAAAA